AUGCCGCCUUCCUCCAGGGACGCUGUCCGCGUGACUGCCAGUGCACACAUCAAGCAUUGGCUUGAGCCAGUGUUUUGCGAGGACGAGCUCGGCCACAAUUACAAGAUUGACAAGGUGCUAAAAGUGCUCCGAAUAUACCCCAGAUCAAACACUUUGUCUUCGCUUCCUUUAUGUUUGUGUGAUGCUAAUUACAAGAUUCUUGCCUUCGCGAAUUAUAAAGCAAUUGCUGCUUUUGAGCGCAAGGAGCGCCGCCGAGCUACGCAGAAUCUGCUCAACUCGGAGAUCAUGAUCCACUCAUUCACAGUGAGGUUUUACAAUGAUCACCAAGUACAAGAAUCUUUUGACGGUUUGAAAUUUAAACAAAAGUCCAGCUUGUUCCCUGGAUACCUAGUUCUGGAGAUUAAUGACUUUUCAAUGUUCAAUCGGGACCAGCUGAUCUUAAGCAAUGCAGGUGCAAUUGAGUUUCUAUACGGUACGCCACGGUACGUCGCUCGGUUUAUAGAACAGGAAUUAGGUGAGAAAGAGUGA